CAAAUCCCUUCCACAACAAACCAAUCGCGGUCCCAAACUCCUAGUGCUUUUCUACGGCUUCAAUAAAUCCUAAUAUCUGUGCUAACUCGCUUAAACUUUCUCCUGUUCUCUCUCCAGAGCCUUACUCUCCAAGAGCUCACUUCACCGCUCUUAAGACUUCCGGAGGCCUUGCGGUUACCCCAUCGCAAUCAUGGCGGACCAAUCUCAGUACAAGUAUGCGAACAUGUCUAACCUAGUUCUCCAGGUAGAUAAGCGGUUUACCCACCGGCGCACAGACGAGGCUACCGGAGACCCAGAAUCGUUGGCUGGGAAGGUCGACAUUAAGCAGAUGGGAGAUCGUGCGUUACGUGACAAUGCGCCGAAGGAGAAGCAUAUCAAAAAGAAGAAGCAACUGAAAGAAAAAGACAUCGAUGGGUUAGAAGAUGGUAAGGAGGAGAAGCGGAAGCGGAAGCGAGAUGCUGCUACCUCUCAUGGAGGGAGUAUUCUUUCAGCUACAGAUGAUGUCCUUGGUCUUGUAUACCAUCCACGCACUGCUGAAACGAGAGAGGCUUACUCGCUCAUUCUCACUCUGGUUUCUACGGUUCUCGGCGAUGUUUCUCAAUCGGUGGUUCGUUCGGCUGCCGAUGCGAUAUUAGAAAUCCUGAAGGAUGAAGACCAUUCAAAGAAGGAUUUCGAUAAAAAGAGAGAGAUUGAUGAUAUUCUAGGGGAGAAAAUGCCCAAUGAUAAAUUUACAGACUUAAUGAACCUAAGCAAGAAGAUCAAUGAUUGGAACGCUGACGGAGAUGAGUCAGAUGAGGAUGAGUCCGACGAGAGCGAGGACAUGGAGGAUAAACCGAAGGAGGAGGAAACUGAAAGCGAAGAUGAAUUAGUGAUUGGCGGGGCCAGAACCAGGCCUGGGGACAGAGGCAAACCAACUGUGGAUGAGUAUGCUGUUCCUGCGCAUGAUAUUGAUGCAUUCUGGCUACAACGUCAAAUCUCUACUAAAUACCCCGACCCUCAUCUUGCGAGCUCAAAGACCACUAUUGUUUUUGAAAUCCUUUCCGACUCGGAAAAGACACAGCGUGAUGUUGAAAACGAUCUUAUGGAGGUCUUCGAUUACGACCACUUCGAACUUGUUAAGCUCCUCAUGAAGAACCAACCUAAAAUAGUUUGGUGCACCCGCCUCGCUAGGGCUGGUGAAUCCUCGGAGGAGCGGGUAGCGAUCGAAAACGAGAUGGUGAGGGAUGGCUGUAGGCGAAUCUUAGACGAGCUAAGGGGAAGGGAGGCCGAGGAUGGGAAAGAGGGAAAGGGUAAAGGAAAGGCUGAUCUGAUGGAAAUCGAUGUACCAGCAUCUGCCGUCCCCUCAGCUUCAGCAGCCGAACGGAAGCCCGGCGGUCUUAUUGGAGAUCUCCAGCCACGGGGGGUAGUCGACCUGGAGUCCUUCAUAUUCGAGCAGGGGAGUCAUCUCAUGACAAACGCUAGCGUAAAACUUCCUCAAGGCUCUACUAAGAGAACUUUCAAAGGGUAUGAAGAGAUUCAUGUCCCAGCCCCCAAGCGGAAACUUGAUCCCAACGAGCCUAAAUUAAUACCGAUCUCCGAUUUACCUGACUGGGCGAAGACCCCCUUUGUUGAGUCGAAGGAAUUAAACAGAAUCCAAACAAGGUGUUACCCAUCAGCUUUUGAGGACGAUGGAAAUUUGCUUAUUUGCGCUCCUACUGGCUCCGGAAAGACAAAUGUUGCGAUGCUAACAAUUCUUCGAGAGAUCGGAAAGCACCGCAAUCCCGUUACUGGAAAUAUCAAGCUUGAUGAUUUUAAAAUUGUCUAUAUUGCUCCUUUGAAAGCUCUCGUCCAAGAGCAGGUCGGAAAUUUCGGCAAACGGCUUGCUCCAUAUGGCAUCAAAGUCUCAGAGCUUACUGGCGACCGGCAGCUCACAAAGCAGCAGAUUGUGGAGACACAAAUUAUCGUUACUACGCCCGAAAAAUGGGAUGUUAUCACUCGUAAAGCCACUGACUUGAGUUACACCAACCUUGUAAGAACAAUCCGAAAGAUGCAGACCACUCAGGAACCCGUCAGGCUUAUUGGGCUUUCCGCAACUUUGCCUAACUAUCGAGAUGUCGCAAAUUUCUUGCGAGUCGACAUGAAGACAGGUUUAUUUCAUUUUGACGCAACCUUCCGACCUUGUCCUCUUAGACAAGAAUUUAUUGGGGUUACGGACAAGAAAGCCAUUAAACAACUCCAGGCCAUGAACGAUAUUUGCUACACAAAGGUGAUUGAGCAGGCGGCAAACAACCAGAUGCUUAUCUUUGUCCACUCCCGCAAGGAGACUGCGAAAACUGCGAAGUACAUCAGGGAUAAGGCUCUCGAACUAGAAACGAUCCAACGGAUUCUCAAGAGUGACGCGGGCACGCGGGAAAUUUUGCAACACGAGGCUGAUCAGGUUGCGGACCCCAAUCUAAAGGACUUGCUGCCAUACGGAUUCGCCAUCCACCAUGCUGGAAUGAGUAGAACAGACAGGAGCACAGUUGAAGAUCUGUUCUCAGAUAAAGCCAUUCAGGUUCUCGUCUGCACAGCUACCCUUGCUUGGGGUGUCAAUCUUCCCGCCCAUACAGUCAUCAUCAAGGGCACACAGGUCUACUCCCCCGAGAAGGGAGAUUGGGUGGAAUUAAGCCCGCAAGACGUGUUGCAGAUGCUUGGUAGAGCUGGUCGACCGCAAUAUGAUACCUAUGGUGAGGGUAUAAUCAUUACAAAACAAGCAGAGAUGCAGUAUUAUCUCAGUCUGCUAAAUCAGCAAUUACCCAUCGAGUCACAGUUCAUGCGGAAGUUGGCAGAUAAUUUGAACGCCGAGAUUGUGCUUGGAACUGUCAGGACACGAUAUGAAGCGGUGGAAUGGCUCGGUUACACUUAUUUAUAUGUGCGAAUGCUAAGGUCGCCGGCUCUCUAUUCAGUUGGAGCAGAUUAUGCGGACGACGUGGCCUUGGAACAGAAGCGAGUGGAUCUAAUUCACUCGGCUGCUGCGGUGCUAGAGAAGUGCAACCUGAUCAAAUACGACAGGAAAACCGGAAAGCUGCAGUCUACAGAACUCGGAAGGAUUGCCAGUCACUACUAUAUCUCCCACAAUUCGAUGUUUACUUAUAACAUUCAUCUUCAACCGGCAUUAACCACAAUCGAGUUAUUCAGGAUAUUUGCGCUGAGUGAAGAAUUUAAGUAUAUUCCAGUGAGACCGGAGGAGCGUUUAGAGCUUCGCAAGCUUCUCACCAGAGUUCCUGUCCCAGUGAAGGAAAGCAUUGAGGAGCCUCAAGCCAAGAUUAACGUUCUCCUCCAGGCUUAUAUCUCCAGGUUAAAGCUGGAGGGGCUGGCAUUGAUGGCGGACAUGGUUUAUGUCACCCAGUCAGCUGGCCGUAUCCUGAGAGCUAUCUUCGAGAUCUGUCUCAAGCGCGGUUGGGCCUCAGUUACGAAAACUGCUCUUGAUCUUUGUAAGAUGGCAGAAAAGAGGAUGUGGCCAACUAUGACCCCGUUUCGACAAUUUACUGCGGCCCCCACGAAUCAGCUCGCCCCCAUUGUAACGAAGGCCGAGCGUGCUGCUGAGUUCACCUGGUCCAAGUACUUUACUAUGGAUCCCCCUCACCUAGGGGAGCUCUUCAACAGCGCAAGAGCGGGAAAGUUGGCCCACAGCUUAUUAGAGAGGUUUCCGAGAUUAGAUGUUCAAGCUCAAGUACAACCGGUAACUAGGAGCCUUCUCAAGGUUGAGUUGACCAUCACACCUGACUUCAUCUGGGACGAUGCAUAUCACGGCACAGCAGAGACAUUCUGGAUCUUGGUUGAAGAUUGCGACGGUGAAGAGAUACUAUUCCACGAUCAAUUCAUUCUACGCAAGCAAUACGCCGAAAGCGAAAACAAUGAUCAUCUGGUUGAGUUCACGGUACCAAUGACAGAACCAAUGCCUCCUAAUUACUUUAUCACUCUUGUUUCCGAUAGAUGGAUGCACUCAGAAACUAAGCUAGCCGUAUCGUUCAGGAAAUUAAUUCUUCCAGAGAAAUUCCCACCACACACACCCUUAUUGGGUCUGGUGCCUUUACCUGUUGAGGCGUUGAAAAAACCGGAAUUUGUCAAUCUCUACCCUGAAUGGCGGGAGUUCAAUAAGAUACAGACUCAGGUUUUCAAGUCCCUAUUCGAUACAGAUGAUAAUAUGUUUAUUGGAGCUCCCACCGGAAGCGGGAAAACGGUUUGCGCGGAGUUUGCGCUUCUCCGGCACUGGUCUAAGGACGAAGAGUCCGGAAGAGCCGUCUACAUUGCUCCCUUCCAAGAACUAGUUGACCAGAGGCACGCGGAUUGGAAGGCGAGACUAAGCAAGCUCGGUGGCGGCAAGGAAAUCGUCAAGUUAACUGGGGAAACGAGUGCGGAUUUGAAACUUCUCGAGAGAGGUGACUUGAUUCUGGCUACACCAACACAAUGGGACGUGCUUUCAAGGCAAUGGCAACGACGGAAGAAUAUACAAACAGUAGAGCUAUUUGUGCGAAGGAGCUCCACAUGCGGGGGGACAAACGGGCUUCAUUUACGAGAUGGUUGUAUCCAGAAUGCACUACAUCGCUGUACAGACAGAAAACCCAAUGAGAAUCGUUGCUCUCAGCGUCUCAUUAUCAAAUGCUAG